UCAACAUCGAUCCCAGACUGUCAUUCGCCGCUCAUCGCAGUCCCGCUACCGCCAUCAUGUCUCAAUUUCGGGCCGCAAAGCUCGACAUUGGCUGCUUUGCCAAGAUCCGCAAUAUUCGCGACCACACGAAGCGCAAGGUCUUCGCUGAGAACGAGCCUGAACGACAAGCCCUUCGAUACAUCAUCCGCAAUACCACAUUACCACAGCGUGUGCGUGCGCAGGCCCAGCUUCAGCUCUCCCAAAUGCACUGCUACACACGGUUCACACAGAUCAAGAACAGGUGUAUAAUGGGAGGAAAGGGACGAGGUAUCUUCAGUGAUUUCAGGCUUGGACGUUAUCAAUUCCGACAAAACGCGCUUGCUGGAAACCUCCCAGGUGUAAAGAAGGCAAGCUGGUAGACGGAUGUAGGCGAAGGGUUGUGAUAUGUGUAUACUACUGCAGGGCGAACAAAUGCAUUGGGCCGGCGUUCUUUUUGCAAAGUUGAAGACUACAACGGCGUGUCAGGUUAUCGAGCUCCACUUGACGUCAGAUGAGAUGCUCCUUCCCUUCGUUUGCUCUCUCACCUCUUGCGGUAGCAGCAAACAGCAGUCUGCGGGACAACAAACUCACCCGGCAACGUAAAAAAUCCAGGCACCGUCGCAGCAAUCUUGCCCUCUGACACUAAAUUCAAC